AUGCCUCUUUCCCUUUCUCAAGUGGAGUUAAAAGCACCAGACCACCAUCAUGUAUAUCCGAUACGUUGGGCCAUUGUGUUUAUCCUGGCUUUGGUGAACGGAUCGAAUGCUUAUCUGUGGAUUUCGUUUGCCCCCGUUGCCGAUCAUUUUGUGGCAUUCUAUUCAACUGAUGCGACUCUCCUGAAUUGGACGCAACUAAUUUUUCCCAUCACCACAGUGGUUUUUGGUCUCCCAGCCACCUUACUGGUCGAUUGGUUUGGUGUUCGGUUCGUGAUUUUGACAUCAGUCAGUGUAAAUUUAAUAUGUGGCCUGUUACGAGUGAUGAGCAGUAUGAUCACCACUUGGCCUUCUAUCAGUGGUCGAUUAGCUUUAAUUGUCAUUGGACAACUGGUAGCCUCAUUGGCUCAACCUUUGUGCAUGUUCACCCCGGCUAAGCUAGCAUUGGAUUGGUUCCCGGACACUCAGCGCACGAUGGCCAACACAAUUGGGUCUUUGGGUAACACGGUGGGUGUGCUGAUUGGAAGUGCCAUUGCUCCAUUAUUUGUUCAAAAGCCGGACGACAUACCGACGUUUAACUACAUCUCACUUGGCGUGGUCGGUUUUGGCUUCCUCCUUUCCUUCAUGAUCGUAAGGAGAGGCAAACCGUUGACGCCACCGUCGGUUGCUGCUGCGGUUUUGGAUCACAUGCACAAACAGCAACCCCUUCUGAACAAUUUCAUAAUCAUUGCACAGAGAUUUCGGAAGUUCAUUGGUCAAUGCAUUGAACCCUUGCGAUCUGCGGGAUUUCUGUUACUUAUGCUCGCUUUUGGUUGUGGUCUGGCUUAUUUCACCACACUAUCCACGUUAUUCCAACAGAUUCUUUGUACGAAAGGUUACUCUAAUCAAUUUGCUGGUCUUUGCGGUUCACUGAUGAUUGCUGCCGGACUAAUUGCAUCAUUUUUCAGUGCACUGUUUGCCGACAGAACCGGGUUAAUUCUCGAGGCGGUACAGGUAUGUUAUUCACUUGGAAUUUUGGGUGCUGUUGGCUUUGGCCUUACCCUAUGGUACCCGCACCAAAUGAUCAGUAUUGUGUUUUGCGUCUGCUGGCUCGGCGCAUGGGGCUUUGCUCAGUACAGUCUAGCCUUAGAGUUGGCCGCGGAAGCCACAUUCCCAGUGCCGGAAGCUAUCACUUCAGGACUGAUGAUUAUCGGCAGUCAAAUAUUGUCUGUCGUUUUCGUCAGUUUCAUGCAAGCAGUGGCUUCUCCUGCCCAACAGAACGCAGAUUUCACUCCCGCUUGCGGACCGGCCGCCACACCUCAGGUAGGCGAACCAGAUUUGAUUAUUACACUGCUUCCCAACAAUUGGAUUGAAGCUAGAAUUGUCUCAUCCAGUGGUUAG